AUGGUUCCCCUUGGAUAUGGCCUCGAAUUCAGAGUCAAGGUAUCAGUUUUGGUUCUUUUCAUAUUGUUAAGUAUGAAAUUUGCUACCGCAAACUCUAAUAACAACCAAAACCAUAAAGAAGUGGCAUUUUACAGAAUACGAAGCACGUCACUAGUAGGCAACAUUACCUUGAUCAAGUCAGUGAAGCGAGAAAUGGACUGUGCUCUCAAGUGUCUACGAAAUUAUCCACAAAGUUGCCUUUCAUUCAACUUUGGAAGGGAUUCCAUUCAUAAGAUGCUUACCUGCGAACUCAGCAAUUCUGAAAGGGUCCUAGAGCCAAAUAGGAUGCAAAGCAGAAUAGGGUUUGAUUAUCUUGGAGUGCAAAAGGGGGUAAGUUUGUUAAUAUUUGUUAUACUUUAUUGAGAUAAUUUCCAAGAAUGAACUAUCCAGUUUGCCGAGGCUCAUCUAUAGGAUUAAAACUUCGCUCACAAACGUUGGUCUUACCAUGAAGUUCGGUUUCGGUAGUUUGCAGAAGCAACGAGUUCAGGGAGGGAAUAAAAAGCCUUGCAAGCAGCAGUCUAGAUUCAGUAGCUUUAUGGAAAUAUUUUUACCACAUGGAGCUCAGCGGGAACAGAGAGGAGAUCAGUCGUUACAAAUAUUGAGCGAAGAGACUACCAUAGAGAUAUACUUUUAGUUAGCUGCCGAUGCUAAAAUGGGAUGGAGCGGGAUCAUUUGAAUAGUGCAGAGUAUUUGGUGCAGGGGAUGAGGUCAAUUUUAUCUCGACACAACAAAAAUCCUCCGGAACUCCAGGCGAUAAUUAAUGAGCGGUCCUAACAGGAAAAAUGCAUUUCUGUUCAAAGUAUCUGUCCAAGUUCUUCCCAUGCUUGACAUUCCCAUGCAGAAAUGGGGGAUCGUGUGAGAAUGGUCCGGAGCUAAAGAUGUUUUCGUGCAUCUGUCCACUGGAGAUCAGAGCGCUUCCUUAUAUUGACAACAAAUGUAACGUUGGUAAGUACGAUUAUAAUAAUAAUGAUGACAGUGAUAGAAAUAAUAAUAAUAAUAAUAAUAAUAAUAAUAACAAUAAUGAUUACAGUAAUGAUAAUGAUGGUAAUAAUAAUAAUAAUAAUAAUAAUAAUAAUAACUGACCACUCUCCUAGUGGGGCUUUACAGGGCCAAUACAAACAGAUUAAAACAAAUAUCGUAAAAAAAAAAGUUUUUAAAGGAGCCUAUUACUUGGGCUCCUGGUUUGAUUUAUUAAAAAGCAUAGUGUGCCGUGUCAUGGCACUUGUUCACCUUUGUCCACGUUUUCACGUGGGGGGUCUCAUAUUACAAUAACACUAGCGCAACUUCUAAACUGGAAAAUGCAACACAGGGACGAGGUGGCCAUGGAGGAUAAGAUGCUGACUAGGAACCGACCAGAAGACGAUUUUAUUUCGCGUUUGUUGUUGCAUUAUUUUCUUUUUUUCCUAUAUUUACUUAUUUAUUUACUUAUUCUUUCAGUUUUUUGCUAUUGUUUUUGUUUUGUUUUUUUUUUAUUGUCGACAUUUGUUUGUGUUCCUCAGCUAUUGUUAAGUUGUUUGUCUCUUUUCCAGAUACCACUCAAAUGACGAUUUACUAUAAACCUCAAGCUAAAGGCGUCUUCUAUGUAGAGGUCACAGGCAAACGAUAUCAGCUAAAUUACUACGAAGCCCACAGGCUUUGUGAAAUAAACAGAGCCACUCUCGCUACAUACGACCAGCUGUUUGCAGCAUGGGAAGUCGGUCUUGAACUGUGCUUGUAAGUUCUGUCUGAAGGCUUCGGCUUUUUAGUUUUAUACGUACGCUUUCAUGAUAGUCAUCAUUAUUAUUAGCAGUUUCAUCUAAACCCAACUAUUAUGUUUAAUUUACCAUUAUGCAGUCUGUCGAUUAAAAAAUAAGUGUUUCACGAGGAGUUUAAGUUGUUCUGCCCUUUGCUCGCUGCUUCCAGGUAUCUUCUGUAAUGUUCGUCCGCUUCGGGUUUCUUUUCACAGUGUUCGUGUGUCGUAGCCUAUGCUUUCCAGGGUUUCUCCCGCCUUUACGAAGCUAGGAGUACAGCAGCUGUCUGUGAUAAAUAAGAUGGAAUAUCUGGUAUAUUAUACUUAUUUGUAUAGAAGUUGCAGAAAUAUUUUUGGUAGAAAAAUUGCCAGCAAUUGCAUAGGAAACGAAAAUAAACAAACCGACAAAAUUUUACUGGCUUAAUUUCCCUUCCCCCGCUAGUAUUAUGUAUAAAGUAAAAUAAUUUUUCACCCCACUGAAUGCGUGACCUCUGAUAUGUGUGCUGAAAUAAUCAUUCAUCUCAGUGUCUAUGGGAGUGGUGAGGGUGCACCUAUACCCAGAAUGAUUAACUGAUAAACAUAGUCCUUAAAGUUAGUAUAUUAAUCGUUCACUGUGUUGCAGAUACGGAUGGCUUAAAGAUGGAACCCAACGCUAUCCAAUGCAAAAAGUACAUGAUAAGUGUGGAAAGAAGAUUGGCAUCGUAGGAAGCAAUACAACUCAAAACAAAAGUGAAAAGAGCAAUGCUUGGUGCUGGAAAGGUUGA